CAUAACUAUUACACACACUGAGUCGGAUAGAUGGGAAACCAGACAUCUGGUGAGGCCGGAGCGUCCGCAGAGACCGAAGACAGCGUGCUGCCUAUAACUGAAGCGCCUGCGCAAGACAACACAUCACGGCACCUUAGAGAGCAAGACAGUCUAGUUCGUUAUGACACAGUCACAAUUGAUAAAAAUGACGUCGUCAAUUUACCUCCGCGUGAGGGUCUUCGAAACGACAUUCCCAGAGGUGCUCCAGGACUGGGCUCCGGAGCAGAUACAUCUGCGGGCGGGUAUCCUAUUAGCUCUCCAUUGGGGCUCGCGGCAAGUGCUCCUUCGGUCAGUUACCUAGCCCAGCGGACAGUUGAAGAUGCGCACGUCCCGGAGCAGGCGGCCAGUGGCCUGCCUCCUCGCAAUCCAUCAUCUCGGACCUGGGAAAUGGACCGGCAAGGGGCCGGCCCUCCCCUCCGCCCGCCGGGUCCCCAAUCCUUGUCGUCUAUCAACUCACUCACGGCGUGGGACGUGGAAGCCGAAGCCUUGCCGCUGCGUCCGCCACCGCCCCCUCAACCACCGCCCCCAUCCAAUCCCGCAACCACCUCAACCACCGCCACGCCCAUCACCUACAUGACCGUGUCAGACGUAGAAACCGCCGACGAACUAGCUGACGCCGCCACUGAAGCAGCCGCAGCAGCAGCAGCGCCUCACAAGCGCUCCUCCUCACAACCGCCCUCCCCGUCACGGCCGCCACCCAAGCACCACAACCACCACCACCACCCGCAACAACAACAACACCAGCCCCUACUCCAAGACGCGGACGACGUUUCCUCCAUGCUGUUGCAGCCACGUCCCUCCUCCGACAGCUACGGCAGCGGCCCACGUUCCCUCGGACUGCGACCCCGUGAAGCCCGUCCGGACAGCCCCAGCUGGCGCCGCAGCAGCAGCCGCCGCCGAGUCGGCAGCUUUGGAAGCUUCGGCGCUGCCAGCGGCGACAGCUGCGGCGCACGCAUCAGCGAGGAAAGCGACACCGAGGCUGCCUGCCGUACCCGGGGGCUGGAUACCAUGACCUCGCCGCGCGGCGCCCACAACACGGGUACUGCAGCGGCGGCGGUGGCGAACGCAUCCAUGCUGGCAGCCGCAGCAGUGGCACCGUUACCAGCAGUUGCAGCAACGGCGGCGGCGGCGGCGUUAGCGCCUGUCGGUCCGCCUCCCUUGCGGGUGCCGCCGCACAACGUGAUGCCGCUGCAGGUGCCCUCCCCCGCCGGCGCACCAGCAGCCGCAGCCACCACGCCCACCCCCACCACGGCGACACGCGGGGGCGGCAGCAGGUGGG